AUGACGAAUCCAUCCCAUAUACUCAUCGCCCGUAACUCGAGAGGCACUCACAACCCUUCGGCAUCUCUCAGUUCUCCUACAGAAACCCAUGCUGCAGCGGCAGGCAUCUUCAGAUCCUCUGGCUCUCCUCCUUGGUUCCUUGAAGGCGUUGACACCGACGUUGUAUCUGAACUUAGCAUUGAUGAUUCAGAAGACCCAAUUGAUGUUGACCAGACGUUCACAAAGAGUUUCGAGUUUCCCGGUACUGUGAAGAUAGUGGUGGAGAAGACAACAUUCUGGGCCCAUAAGGAGGUGCUGUACUUCGCGUCGCCGUUCUUCCAGGCCGCUUUGAGUGGCGACUGGGCCGAAACCGGUCGCCCAGCAUCCAUGUCUUCGGUCAUUACUAUCUCUCAACCUCCAACAAUUCCCGGAGACAAACGUCAUUCUGAUCUCCCUACCGAAAUGACUUUUGCACCCAUGGAUCCUGACAUUGACCCCGAGGACUUAGACGUUGACCUUGACAUCAACGAGUCCAGCGAGACGGAGGCCGAGACGAGUGAUUCGUCGCCCAAUACGCCGAAAAAGGACACGGAGAAGGUGAAGGUGAGAGAGGAUAGCGCCAAGAGUCCAGAAGAGAAGGAAAGUGCAAGGAAAGAAAGCUUGGAUAGGCUGCAAGGAGGGACUUUGUCUCCGAAGGUAGAGGCGACUAUGCCUCCGGAGAUUGAGGCUGUCCCAGGCCCGAGCAAUGUGCCGAAGGAGAAGUUGAAAGGGAAGAGCGACACCGUGAGGCUUUCUUGGAAGAAAGGAACCCCAGAGGCCGCUGUAAGACGUCGGAAAAAGAUUAACGGUCCUGAUGCUGUGAUUGUGCUGAAGGAGGAGAAAGCUAUGAUAUUUCACGACUUUCUUCGCUACGUCUAUCCAAGUAUGGAAUGCACCAUCACAUGGAACAACGUCGAAGGCCUCAUGAAUAUUGCACAUAAACUAUGUGUUCACGGACUUCAGCAGAAAUGUCUUACCUUCCUAUUAACACAUGCCGCUGGACGACCAAUCAAAGCCAUGCGCAUUGCCGAGCUGUUUGAAGAGGAGGAAUUGUAUCGGGAGUCCUCCAGGUUUGUCCUGGAUAAUCCGGGCGGGUGGACAGAGCAAGAAAUGAGUGCGCUUAGCCACGAGACUCUGUUGAAGCUUGAGAAGAGACGAACAUGGUUCCUCGAACGAGUCCUAAAACUUGGUCUAUUCCAAAUCGCGAGAGAAUACGAAUGCUGCCCAACCUGUCCCGAUCCCAGUCUCUGUGCUCGCCUCCUUGAAGAUAAAUGGCGACAAGCUUAUGCUGCGGUGUUUCGCUUCGGACCAUGCCAACCUUCAAUGGUGUUUCGGUACCUGCGCACACUCGAAGGCGUUAGUCCCCCUCUCGCACUCUCACACCUCGCAUGCCAAACAACCGCUAAAGCCUUCGUCGCCACACUCUUCGACCGCAUGUUCUCGCUCGGCAUUCGCGGGAGCGGUACUGAUACUGCUCCUCUCGGUGCACGAGUGGCCGCUGUAGCGGGCGUGGCGAGCGCUACAGGGCCUCGACGACACUUUCUGUAUUGCUCGCUCAAGCCGGAGGUGCCUGUGCAGCCGAGAAGUGCACGCAAUGCCGCGAUGAGUCAGUCGUUCUCUUAGAGCCUUAAUCUGCGGGGGAUGGUCCAAUGCGAGUGAUGGGACGCGGGACGCUCUAGGAGAGUAUAAGGCCGCGCUUCAAUAUCGUUCGGCCGCAGGACGGGGGGAUAGUUCUUCGAAUGGAGAGACUGCUGUUUGGAUUUUGCUAUGAUCUGUUGCUGCCUCUGCGGGUGUUUUACUUUGGCCUUUCAUUGCACGGAAUGUAGUCUGCUUGUGAGACCGACUUUUACAGUAGCUAGGAAUAUUAUGUUGGCUC